UGAGGGAGGGAAAGGGGUUGGAAUUGGGGGAGGAGACGGUUAAAGAUACCCAAGUGCGUGUGCGUAAUAACACACGAAAGGACGAAGGAAAAAAAACCCUUAAACAUGGCGAUGAGGAACGAGGGGGAUUCGGCAGCGCACAGUACCAGCAACGCCAAGUGCCAAGAGGAGAGCAGUCGGAACGGUUAUGUGAAAAGCUGCGUCACUCCUUUGAAACAGGACCGUGGGUUUUCCGUCUGCAGGUGGUGUAACUUGGAGAGGCUCGGUUUAGCGCGCCCGAAACUUCCAGCCUUUUACGUCGGGGGCGGCUGCAGCGCCUUUGCAAUACUCGUGCUGUCCAUCGUGGCUAGGAGAUGCCUGGACGAAGAGUUUCUUUCAUCCUUGUUGCAGACUUUCCAGUCGGCGUGGGCGAUCGUAUUCCAGUCCCUGAGCCCUCUUUUUAGCAUUUGCUGUGCCUUCUUUUGGUUGACAUUUUAUUUAAGGAAGAGCAAAAGGGAAAGUAACACGGUUUGGCUCCUGUCAUUGCCACCAUGUUGCUACCUUGGAGAUUUUUUGGUGGUGCAAGUUUUAUUCGGGGAGGACCAGGUGUUUCUUUGCAGGUUGCUGGCUCCAGCUGCGGUGCUGGGUUGUGUGGGAUUGUUGACAUUACUCUCCACUUUGAAAGUGAAACAGAGCGUCCUGAUCUUGCUGUUCUCCGGUGUUGUUAGGUUGGCAUCCAUCACCAGUUUGAUCGCUCUACCAGCAGCUCUGCGACCCCUCUUGGCCUGUGGGGUCGGGAUGGUGGGAGCUAUCAUUGCUGUGUAUUUUGAUUACUUAUUUCCUAGGGAAGCCCGUCGCAGGACUGUCCCAGAAGAAAAAAUACCCGUGAUCAAGCCCCGCAGACGGUCGAGUUGUGUAUCUUUGGGAGAAACGUCAACCAGUUAUUAUGGUGGCAGUAAGAUGCCGAGGAGGACGUCUUUGCCUUGCAUAUCGAGAGAGCAGAUGAUUCUCUGGGAUUGGGACUUAAAGCAGUGGUUCAGGAGUUAUCAGUAUCAGAAUUCUAGUAAUGGCUGUGGAGUGGAUCUUGCUGUUAUGGGUGAGGCACAGAGCUUGGUUACAGACCUUCUUGCUGACCCAUCAGUCCCUUCCAAUAUCACUUCAUCUCUGCGAACUAUCAGCAGUCUAAUUGCAUCCCAGCUCACGUAUUCUAAUACACACAGGCCAAGAGUGAAUCCUCUUACAUCAUUCUCCGACUCUUACACCUGUUCAGAAAUGGAGGACUCUUCGGAUAAAGGGGAAAGAAUUUUUCCAAAGCGUUUGAGAAGAAGUCUACCAACUGGCCAGCUAAGAAGAAAUACAGGAACAUGGACAACCACCACAUCAGCAACUGGCUUGCCAACAAUGGAGCCUGCUCCUCUUAGAUGGGAUCGGAAUAAUGGAAUAAAACCAUACCCAGAGAGUGGUUCAGUGAGUUCUUUAGGUGUUGGUUCACAGGCAAAUGGACCUUCCAGUUCAAACUUGUUGACAAUUCCUAAAUCUCGAUCUGCAUCCUUAUCUUUAACAUCUCACCAUCUUGGGCCCAGACGAGCAGGUACUUCUCCAAGCCUCAGUCCUGUGAAUUCCCCAACUCAUGGACCAGGGGCAAUGGCAAGCUUUAAUCGCUCACCAGUAGAAUUUCCCGAUACAGCUGAUAUUUUGACCAAACCAACUGUGAAUCUUCAUAAACCAAUUGGAUACACAUUUAGUUCUCCAGAGUUUCAACAGUCAGCUAGAGUAUCAAGCACAAUACUCUGCAGCAGUUGUGGCCGGCAUGUGACUAGACCUGUUCAAAAUACAGAUUUACAAACAGUUGCAGAAUCACCACAUGUCAAGAAACCAGAUGAAGGUACUGAAAAUGCUGCUAGUAGCAAUGAAUUGAAGGAAUCAAAGGAUACAGUGGGGACAGAAUAUAAAGAUCAGCAAGAGAGCAAAAAAUCCAAGAAAUUUACAAAUCAUGAGGAACAGCUGAUAGAACAACAGAAUAAUAAAUCUGGGCAAGUUCCAGACCUUUCGCUUGACUCAAUAGAUAUAGAAGACACUGGGCUGUGCAUGGAUAAACUAAAUAGUUGGAAUUUUCCCAUUUUUGAACUUGUAGAAAUGACUGGAGGACAGUCUGGAAGAAUUCUUAGUCAGGUCAUUUAUUCUCUUUUUCUUGAUACUGGCCUAUUUGAACUUUUCAAAAUCCCCGUUCGAGAGUUUAUUAACUAUUUUAGUGCACUGGAAAAUGGGUAUCGUGACAUUCCUUAUCACAACCGUGUCCAUGCCACUGAUGUGCUUCAUGCUGUUUGGUACUUAACGACAAGACCUAUUCCUGGAUUCCAACAAAUAAAUAAUGAUCAUGUGACUGGAAGUGAUACAGAUUCUGACAGUGGAAUAUCUCCAGGCCGGGUUGCAUAUGUAUUUUCCAGAAGUUGUACUAUUACAGAUGACAGCUAUAGUUGCCUUGCAUCAAACAUCCCUGCUCUGGAGUUGAUGGCACUUUAUGUUGCAGCUGCCAUGCAUGACUAUGAUCAUCCUGGGCGUACUAAUGCAUUUUUAGUUGCAACAAAUGCACCUCAAGCUGUCCUAUAUAAUGACAGAUCCGUCUUAGAGAAUCAUCAUUCUGCUGCGGCAUGGAACUUAUUUAUGUCUCGUACGGAGUUCAACUUCUUGGCAAAUCUAGAUCAUGUUGAGUUCAAACGGUUUCGUUUCUUGGUGAUUGAAGCAAUCUUGGCUACUGAUCUGAAAAAACAUUUUGAUUUUCUUGCUGAGUUUAAUUCCAAGCAGAUAAAUGAAGUUAAUAAUCCAGGAAUUGAUUGGACCAAUGAGAAUGAUCGUCUAUUAGUGUGCCAGGUCUGCAUAAAGUUGGCUGAUAUCAAUGGCCCUGCUAAGAGAAGGGAACUGCAUCUACAGUGGACAGAAGGCAUUGUGAAUGAAUUCUAUGAACAGGGAGAUGAGGAGGCAAGUCUUGGGUUACCCAUUAGCCCUUUUAUGGAUCGUUCUUCACCUCAGCUGGCAAGGCUGCAGGAAUCUUUUAUAACACAUAUUGUAGGGCCUCUGUGCAACUCAUAUGAGGCUGCAGGAUUACUACCAGGUCAGUGGGUGGAUGAUGAGGAUGUUGAUCCAGAAUGCGGUGAGGACGACGACGAUGACGAUGAUGCAGAAGAAUUAGAAUUUGAAGAUGAAAUUGAUGACGAUCUUCAUCUACCAAGAAGGCAAAGGAGAAAGAGGAAAAGAAGACAAAGAAUCUUCUGCCAGAUAAUGCACCAUCUGACUGAAAAUCAUAAACUGUGGAAGAAAGUAAUUGAAGAGGAGGAGCGUGAACAGCAAUGCAAGUCAGAGCUAAAUCUACAGCAGACAGAUAAUUCAUCUUUACCUCAAACUUCAGAUGAAAUCCAGGUAAUUGAAGAAGCGGAUGAAGAGGAAGAGAAACAACAAGUUGAGGAAAAAUAGUGCUGAAUAAGUAAUAUAUUGCUGACAUUAGAAACUGCUGUACUUUUUGUUAAAAAGGCCUUAUUACUGUGAGAGGGUUCUGGCACUCACCAGGACCCCAGUUCUAUGCACUUUUACCCAUGGAAAUAUUUGAGUUUGUAUACCAUGAAACAAAGCCCUUUGUGCCAUUUGGUGUCCAAGUGUUUUCGUUAUGAUGCUGCCUUGCAGAAUAAAGAGUGCUCAUUUUCCAUGCGGUACUGGAGGAUGUUGCAAAAACUUCAACUUAGCAACUGCUGUUACCAAAGUGAACUGAAAGUUUACCAUUUUCCGUUAAUAAGGAGGAAGGUGGAUUUUAAGCGGGUAUCACAUGCCCAGCACCUGUCAGGUGGACUUGAAAAUUGCAGGUUGUCCCUGUAGGCAUUCAGAAUGGAGUACUGCGGUCAAGAGCCUUAUUAGAAGGACCCUUGUAUUUUUUUUUCUCCAAAAGAAUCUGAUUCAAUCCAGGUAACAGAUAUUAAAUCCUUAACUCAUUAUAUGACUGAGAAAAUAUUAGAGUAACUGAAAAUUCAAGCUGCAUCAUUUUUCUGAUGUCUUUUCAUGUUGUGUACAAUAUUUUUUUUUGUUUUUUUGUGCUGGAAGUAAUCAGAAAUGUGCAGUGGCCAAGCAUUUCAGUUUGCUCAAACAUCACCUUAUAAUCGUUCUGUAAUAGAACGUUGGCAUGACAUUAAUGAUGAAAGGUAUUUCUUUAAUAGUAUGUUUUUUUUGUCACUGCAACUCAGGAUCAUGCAAAGAUACAUGAAGCAAUGCCAUUGAAGAUAUGCAAGUUGUGGGUUGGGGAAGUCAUUGACAAACUAUACAGCUUCAUCGAUUUCUAUUUAGAUAGUUAAAUUGGUCUUUCAAGUCAUACAUCAUAAACAAACAUCCUUAUGUAUCCACAUUGCAAGUAGUAAGUUGGUUAUUGCACAUCAUCAUACUGAAAGGCUGCUGUGUAUUGCAGUCAUUAUACCAGUGAAGAGAGUAUACUUGCCAUGAGAUUUCAGUAUGAUGGAAUAUGGCAGAUUUGCGUUAUGUGUGUUUCCACUACUUUUUUUCCACAAUAUAAAUUCUAGACAUUCCACAAGGGCAUCGUACCUGCUCAGACGUAUUUAUCUGCAAACUUAUCCUAUGUAAAGAUGGUUGCAAAAAAAUGCAUGUACAGCUCUUACACGAUAUUUGUAAAUUAGUUUAGGCUGCAGGUAUGUAAUUUUCUUAUGCAGACUGUACAAAAUAGUUACCAACAGUUGUGCACCUUUUUUUCAUACCAAACAGAUAUUUUCGAUUAUUCACAGAUAACUACAUUAUAUAAAAAUUCAUCUGAAAUCUUUGUAUUAAUGGAUUGUAUCAGAAUGCAUUUUGUACAUAUGGAGCAGUUGAUACAAGUAGAGAGACAGUAAUAAUCCUAAACUAGAAAUUUUUAGUAGCAAGAAGUUGGUCUGUAAUAGUGACAGGAAAUUGUAUUGUUCCUUAAUUUCUGCAACAAUAUGUUUGUGUGCCUUUUUACAGCCACCUACAAUAUUAAUAAUCAACCUCAAGUUGACAUGGAGUCAAUGCUGAACUCUGUCCUAUUAAAACUGAAUCCUUAAAUUUGUAUACUGCUAAUAAGCAUGUUAUAUUAUCAGACAAACUCCUCAGUGACUGAUGAGGAGCAAGGAAGUGGUACUAUAUCAUAGUAUAGUACUUGACUGACAAAAUAAGGAAAAGUUAAUCAGACUAAAUGCUCCAACCAUGUUUGCCAAAUCUUGUGUUAGCUAUGCACUAAAUGCUAAAAGUUAAACACCUCAUAACAGCACAUUCUGUAUGUAAUUUAUUCCAUUAAAAUUCUCAUGGUUUUUAUGUAUAUGUAUAUAUGUGUAUAUUUUGGUAUAUGCAUGUAUAUACAGUUUUAUGGUUAUUCACCAUUUUGAGUCUUAAUUGUGUUCAAUUUUUAAAAUGUGACUAGGUAAACAUAUUUUCAGAAAAUAUUUUAGUGCAGAAAACCGCUACACAUUUUCUGUUAAUAUUUAAGAUUACUUGGAGCAAUCUAUUUGCUUUAUAAAUUAGUAUGUAAUUUUUAUAUUUUGAGUGUACUUUUAAAACACUGCCCAUGUUUGGUAUGUUACAGCCUUUUUAAAAAAUGGUAAUAUGGUACAUCAUUUCUUGAAUUUACUGAAAUUAUUCUCUAAAUUCUUUUAUCUCUUGGAAAGCAUUUUGUACUUCUGGUUUUCUUUUUAAAUAUUUUUUUAUAAUAUUUGAUUGAAAAUAGUGGUUGGUUGUAUCAAGAGAAGACAGUAUUUUGAUCAUUUGCUACCAGAUUUAUCAAAAUAGGGUUAUUUAGAUGAUGUGCUAUUGAAAGCUGUCUUAUAAUAGGACACAGGUAUCAAAUAACACUUUUAAACAUUACUUUUGCUAAUUUUUCAUUUAUUUUGUAAAUGUAACUGCUUUAACUCUGCCACUGAAUGAUAUGCCUUAAGUCAAUUUCCUUGCAUUUAAAUUAAUAGAUUUAUACAAUUUACUAACUUAUAUAAUUUACUAAGUUAAAUUCAUUUUCAUUUAUCAUUUAAUUUAAUUGAAAUUAUCCCAAUUCCACAAAGAAAACUUAAUCAGUAUGCUGUUAAUCACUGAAUAAGAAAAUUUUAUCUACAACUCAAUCCCCAUUUGAAACCUCAGUAUGGAUAAAAUUAUUUAUCUUGUCAUCACAACAGCUAUGGUACUUCUGGUGCAAGCAAAGAUUUUAUAAUUGUGUUUAUUGAUUCUAUUCUCACCUUUUCAAUCUUUUUCACCUGCUUAACUAUGCAUUUGAUACAAUCUGUUUAAGCAAAUUCACUCAUUUUUGGCACUUAAAUUUUUUGUACCAGUUCACCAACAGUGUUUUGUCAUGAUAGAUUAAUUUCUCUGUAUCAAUUUUGCAUCUGUUGUUAACUAAAAUAGUCAAAAAUAGAAUAGCUUCCAAUUUUAAUUGUCACAAAUCUUUCAUUGUGACUGGAUCAUAAGGUAUCUGCUUAACUUGUCUCAAGAUAUUUGAAUAUGAUAUAGUAGAGGAGGCUCAGGAAAUAAAAAGUAGAGGUGUAUAGACUUGUGCGAACUUUUCCUCAUGGCAGAAUUGUUGAAGACAAUUUCAAGACAAGAAAAGUCAGAAGUUCAAAAUUAUUAUCUUAAGUAUGUAUACCAUAUACAAGCUUGACAUUCAUCCUGCACUCAUCCACAAGACAAUAGAAUCCAUGUAAAACCACAUACAACAAAGACCACCAAACAACCAAUGUGUAAGAGGGCAAAUCACGCAAAUAGUAAAAAAAAAGUAACAACACAGAACAUGAGCUUCAAAUCCCAAAAGUGAGUCCACAUCCACAAAAUUAUUUAAGCACUGAGGUGAGUGAAGCCUGUCCAGGAACCCACUGGCUGUAGGGCAACAACUGCUCCCAAACCUGAUGGCAUGAGACCCAAGACUCUUGUGCUUCCUGUCCAAUGAGUGAAGAGAGGGAUACGUGUCAAAUACUCUCUUCUCACAUCAGAUGGAAGGUGCAGGAGUCAAUGAUUUUAAUCUGACUUGAUGCUUUAAUUGUCUCAGAGUAAAUGGAGCUGAGCAUGGGUUCACUUACUGCUGUUCGGCUUCAUUGGGCCUCAAUGCAGCAUCCACCCCCAGCAUAGGCCGUACGUGUAUUCUCGAUAGUCAAGUUCACCAAAUCCUUCAGGAGGCUGUAAGAUUGCUAGUUCAUUUAGAUGGUACAAAAAUACAUUUCUUAAAGGGAAAUUACAGGCUGCAGAUUGCAGUGAUCAUAAUUCAGAGAAGUAUAUCUAGUAGAGUAUCUGGAAGUUGCCAUAUGUUGCCAGGACCAUCUUGGUUAAGCCACUGUAAAGAAAAAGAGGUUCGGAGGUCAACUGAGGAAGAUUAGUUGAAUGCAGAACAAACAGCCUCAUAGAGGCAGGUACCCUAAAAGAGGCGUCUGGACAAGUACUUGAAUUACCAAGGCACAGUAGACUUGUGGAACAUGCUAAUUGGGAUUAGUAGAGAUAUCAGUGAUUGCCACAUGUAUGAUGGUUGGAAUGGGCAAAGUUGUGUGGUUCUGUUGUUCAUAAGAUGGCUAUUCUUAGCUCUAAAUAAUAAAAUGCAGCAAGCUGGAGCUAUACAACAUUGAACCAAGCAUUCAUCCCACUCAUCCACAUGGACCAUUGAACACAGAUCCAUAUUAAUUCCAUCCUCUGACACUUGACCCAACCUUCAAUGUCUGGGCAAUUCAAGUGCCCAUCUAUAUACUUAUGAACUGCUUAUUUAGUACAUUCCAGAUACUCACCAUUCUUGGAGAAAAAAAUGCCUCACAGAUCCUCACUAUUCACUUAUUAUCUACUUGUCUUUGUCUCCCAACUCCACUGUUUCCCUGCCUGGCUUAAUCUCCCCACCAUAUUUCACCCUCCUCUGUCUCCUGUCUCACCACUUCCCCUCUAUACUGGUUUUCUUCUUCACUGUUAUUCCUCAUCCAGGAUUUUGACCUCGAAAGUGAACAUUCCUUCCCACUCCCUUCAAUAUUUGGAGCUCUUCUAGAAAAUUGUUGCUCAAGAUAUCAGCAUCUGCAGUAUCCUCUCCCCUAACCUUUCCUUGCCCUAAGUCUGUAUCCUACUUUUAUCAACUCCUUAUAAGGCAUAAAGUUUUUUUUUAGUGCACUCAGACUGUGUCUUCCAUAAUUUGAUAUACGUCAAUCACAACCCUUCUUAAUUUUCUCUGCUCCUGGGAAAGCUGACCUAGCUUCUCCUUUCUGCUCUUGAAACUGAAAAGCUCCAUCCCAAGGUGAAUCUCCUCUACACCCCUUGUAGCUCCAUUGCAUCUUGUAACAUGUUGGCCAAAACCGAGAACUGAAUGCACUACUUUAGUUGACAUCUGACCAAUGUCUUAUAAAGUUGAUGCAGAUUCUCCGUCUUGUAUUUGGUGUCAAUAUCCCACAUGCUUUCUUAACCACAUUAUUUACCUGUACUGCCACUUUCAGUAUCACUUUGUUUCUCAGUACUCCCUAGGACCCUAUCAUACAUGGUAUAUAUUUUAGUGUCAAUAGUAUUCCCAAAUUACAUUAACUUACAUUUAUUUGAAUUGAACUUCAUCUGCUAUUUCUCAGUAUCACCCAAUAGCCCAAGACUACCUUUCACAUCUGAAUCCCAGCACUGAUCUCUAUGGAACAUCACUAGUCAAACAACCCUGUACCCAUCACGUUCUGUUUUUUUAUUGCCAUGUCAGUUUUGGAUCCAGUUUAUCAAUUUGCCAUGGAUCCCAUGGGCUUAACUUUUUGGGCUAGUCUCCCAUGUGGGACAUUUUCAGAGAUUUUACUGAAAUCCAGGUAAGUCAAAUCUACUCACUGUCCUCAUCAAUAUACUUAAUUUUUCAAAACAUUCAGACAGGAUUUAUUCUUGAAAAAGCUAUGCUUGCGAUCUCUGAUCAGCCCCUACUUUCCCAAGUGUUUAUGACCUCAAAUGUUCUUUUUCCAGUAUGUUCCCUGCUUCUGAUAGGUUCACAGUUCUGUAAUUAUGAGGCUUUUUCUUUCUACCCUUCUUGAAAACCACGCCACAUAAUGCAGUCCUGUUUCUAAUGAUUGUAAUGAGUUAAGUAUUGUUUACUCUUUGCUGUAAAUGCUGCUUGGCCUGUUGAGUUCAUCCAGCAUUUUGUGUGUGUUGCUAAGAACUGUUAAGGAAUGUUCUCUUAGGUGGAUUGCUUUUGACCUUUGGCUCUGAUCAAGUAAUGGAAUCAUUGAAUUAUGGAAUUUAAAAUUAAGACUGUUUUUGUUUCUGAGUUUGCUCUGACCAGUUACAAACCAAAUUCUACCGGACUAUGUUUUCUGAAAUAGGUAUACUGGAAUUUGGCUUCAAACGUUGAAAGAACAGCAUUAUUAUAAAACCUUUAGCUCUCAAUGGGAUAAGUUCCUGUACAUUAUUUCUUGUUUUGCCCCACAACAGAAAACAUUUCAAUGUUUCAGGCAGCUUCAUCCCAUAACAAAAUGUUUUCAACAUCAUUUUCUCGUUUUAUAGGUAUAUACAAAAAAACUUCUUAUUCCAGUGGAAAAAAAAAUGUGAUUCCUAGAUAUUUUCUGUAUUAUUCAGAGUACUACUCUUGAAGAAUAGUGAUUACCCCUGGCUAGAAAUAACCUGCUAGUUAAAUUCUACUCAUGAAUGUCUUCAUUUAUAAAUAUGGAAAUGGUUUUCCCAUUAAUCUAAUGAACAUUUAGUACAUUGGGAUGUGGGGGUUUGACUUAAAGAUUUAUCUGAUUAGAGCUCUGCUGGAUCUGAGAACUUGGGAAUUAAAAUUUUGGCCUUUCCAGCUUCCAAGGGAUUUGAAUUUGGUUCCAAAUACUGCACUAGAUCAAUUAAUGUCAUAAUGUUUUGGAUAUUGUUUUUUUGAGUUUAGGGUUCUGACAUUCAAAAUAGUUAAUUUACAGUACUAUACCACCUUAUGGCAUAUGAAAGGGCCAAAUGUUACUUGUGCAGCAACUGUAAUAGUAUGUUUGGUAUCUUGGCCAUCUAGUGCUUCAGACCUCCAACACCAUUCUAGCACAGAGAUCUAAGUAUACAGAGUUUUAUUGUCACUUUUGUGUUAAUAUAUUGAUUCUGAAUGAAAAUUGGAUUAUUGCCACCAUAAGUAUUACAGUGUUCAUUUUGUGAGAAAGAUAUUAAGUAUUAACAAGCGAACAAAAGUAUUCAAAGACCCAAGAUAUAUCCUGACUCGAGUAGAAAGAACACACUGUUCAGAUGUAGAGUCUGAGCUUUACAGGUGUGGAUAGGAAGAUAUGUGAUUUGUAAAUUAACUAGCAAUCAACUUCAAAAUAAUCACUUUCCAAAAAUAAGUAUUAGGGCAUUAUAGAAUGUUUGCAAGUGAAGCAGGUUGUUGUAACUUAUGUGUCCAUGUUGCCUAACACUUCAUCCAGAAUUUGGAGAUUAUGAUAAACAUUACAAACAGCUGUGACAUUUUAGAGGUAACUUGAUCUUUGCUUUUGUUACAUUUUCCAUCAAGUAGGAUCUGUGCAUUUAACUUCUGGAACUUGCAAAACCAUUACGCUUUCAUUUUAGUUGAAAGGAACGACUGUUGUGCUUCGUAUUGGCGGUAUCCCCUAUUUUGUAAUCUGUUGCCAGAUUGUUAAAUUCACAAAAUCCAUAGUCAUCCAUAUGCCUUGCCAGGUUGAAGUUUUGGUCAGAAAGUAAGAAUGAGCUGCAAGAUCUAUCAGCUACUAGGAUUUUAAUUUAUUUCAAAUAGCAAUUUCACAUUACUGUUCAAAAAGUAAAUUAUUAUAUGCGUGUCCUAAUAUGCAUAUUUAUAGUGACCAAGCAAUUAUGGCUUUGCACAAUCCAAAAGAAACUAUUAUAUAGAUAGAAUUUCAAGAGUGAUUAUAGAAUUGAAGGAUUCAGCACUAGUAUGAACCAUAUAGACUAAUCUUCAGUUACUUAGAGAUGUUAAAAAGCCCUUGAGAAAAAUUAAAUUGUUACCAUGUUAUGUCUAUUUUAAUAUUUGUGUAUGUGUAACAAGUCAGUCAGUAACUUUGUUAAUAUUAAUUGGUUUGGCACAAUAUAGUUCAUGUGUUGUAUUGUUUUAUGUUCUAUGCCCUAAUAUUACCAUUAAUUCUUUUUCUUAAAAACACCAAGUAAACAUGUGUAAAAUGUA